CAACAGUUCGCCUCCGAGCCGUGCCAGUCCGCGGCAGAGAGACAGCACAUCUCCCGGUGUCAGGAGCGAUGGACGGUUUGGACGUGUGCGCCAUGAAAUAUGGGUGACGGGCAGUCGGUUUAUGAAUGACUGACAGCUCCACUGCCCAAUAGCAUCGGCCGACAUGAUCGCGACGGGCGGGCUUCUGCGUAUCUCCAGGCGCCAGGACUCGGUGCGCUCCAAGACACGGGCGGAGAGCAAGCGGCUGCGGCGGGCGAGGAAGAGGAAGAGGAAGAACGAUGUAGUGGUGGUGAAGGGCAAGCUGCAGGUGUGCUCGCCCUCGGGCCUGGUGGCUGCGGUGGGCGUCCUGGUGCUUAUGGUUGGCAUCGCCAUGGCCAUUCUGGGUUACUGGCCAAAGCACAAGCCUGAGUAUUCAGCGAAGUGGGCUGCAAACAACCUCCAGGCCACCAGGGGGAGCCAGCCGAGAGGAAGCGCUCUCCAAAUGGCUUGGAACCACACGGGUAGUGCUAAACUUAGCCAGCAGAGGGAGCUGAACGUGACUCGAGGGAACGUGAGCACCCUGGAGCUGUUGCCGGUCACGCAGGUCGCACCGGUCACGCCCGAGCCACUGGGGCUCGUGGGAGCGCUGCUGGCCGGCUGGCUGCACUCGGACCAGCUGAAAAUGUUCGGGCCGCUGGUGAUGGGCAUGGGCAUCUUCCUGUUCAUCUGCGCCAACGCCGUGCUGCACGAGGAGCGCGACCGCCAGACCAAGGUCAUCGACCUGCGCGACAUCUACUCCACCGUCAUCGACGCGCAUGGCCUGCGCACCAAAGACCAUUCGCCACCGCCGCUCAACGGCCUCGUCAACUACGCCCAGGCGCGUAGCGGUGGCCUCGAGACGGGCGCAGGGGACAGGGCCGGACGGUCGCACGGCUCCUGGCCGUCGACGCUCUGGGGGUUCGGUUCCACGGGAGGGGGGUCUCGGAGGCCCUCGUGCGCGCGGCGGUGCAGCUGGUGGCGGGACGCAGGCGACAGCGUGUACAGCGUGUACCGGGAGCAGGAGAGAGGGUCGGCGGCGGUGAUGGCAGCGCGGGGGCCCUGGGAGACGGGCUCCAUCGUCACGUCCUCCCUGAACGCCUUCACGCUGCCCGUCAUCAAACUCAACAACCGCGAGAUGGAGGAGGGAGCGCAGGACACCGAGGAGCAGCAGCAGGAGCAGCAGGCGGAGCAAAAAGAGGAGGAGGAGGAGGAGUACGUAAGGGGGAGGAGAAAGGAAAUGGAGGAGGAGAGGAGCUCGGCGAGCAAGGAUGGAAGCUCUUUCCCCGUCGCCAUAGAAACCAAAGCCGAGAUCUCCCGGGCAGACGUGUCCGACUCCCAGAGUUCCCUGGGUGCCACAAAAAGGUGGGGGGGUUCGAGGUCAUCGUCACCGCGAUGGUCGCUCUCGGAGGGUGGCGUAGCUCCUCCGCCGGCGGUGGCGGCAUCGGGGCGAAAGGUCGCGGGGUCACACCUGUCCCUCACUUCCCUCUCUGACGCAGCGGGCAUCCGCUGGCCGCUGGGCGGCGGCGGUCGCCAUGAAGACCGCUCCCGCCGAUUCAGCUGCCCCAGGCUGGAACGUUCGGGCAGCAAGGGCUACAUCAAGCUGGCUGAUCUGGGGGGCGAGUCGUUUGAGGGGCCAGAUGGUGGGGCGCUGACCCCUGGAACAGAACAAGCUGGAGGGUCGGCAGUGUCAGAGGUGGAGGCGUCAUCAGCGUCGUCAUCGGUGGUGGUUCUGGUGGAGACAGAGGAGCUCUCUCACGUAGCCGCGCAGGAGAGACGAGCGGCGGGGACAGAGCACACUCUCUCAGAACACACACUCGUAGAACACACUCCAGUUCACACGCCACAACAGCCGGUCGCUCACCCACAUGCGAUCGUUGGUUGCUCCCCCAACAGGUUCAGCAGUACAGGGGGGGAUCACUAACACUCUCUAACACACACACACACACACACACACACACACACACACACACACACACAUACAGUCACUACAGGAACUACUUGGCCACACAGAGGAAUACACUCUCUUCAGCUGUCCAGCUGAACUACAUCCACUUCACGUUGUGUGCAUUAACAGGUUUGAUAUGUAUGACACUUAGCUCAUCAUAUCUGCAGUAAAUGCCAAACUGCACCCAGGACUUUUAGACAUUUGGUAGCAUGUUCAUCCUCGUCACCAAUUAGUGAUCAUUAAAAGACUUGUUUUUAUAUAGUCACACUACAUUGUGAGCUGCACUUUAAAACACAGUCUUAUACUCAAAGACACACCACAGGGAACACGCGCGCACACACACACACACACACACACACACACACACACACACAUACACACAGUGUUUGCAGUAGCUUUAUAUAAGCAUAUAACGCACAUUUGUUCUACACCAGUGCACACACAUUCAAGAAAGUUUGACCUUCUAAAUGAGUUGAAAUAGUAUUGUGUACUUAUAUAGAGAUAUCGGUCUACACUUAUUUAGUAACAACACAUAUGGGAGUGUAUCAUCCCAACUCACAAGCCAUUCAUUAAUGUACACUUUUAAAGCUGCAGUAUGUGAUUAUGUUUGUUUGUUUAUUUGUUUGUUUGAAAUGGAGUUUAAAGUUUAAAUCAAGUUCAGCAAAUUCCUUCUCCCCAAUCCUGUAGUUGUCUAUUCAGUGUGUAUGUGCUUAGUGUUCAUAGAGUCUGUAAGGCAAGCUCUUUAAACAGUUUGGGAGCAUUGUAGAUAAAAUAACCUUUUGAAGUUUUGUUUUUUAAACUGAUCACAUGCCCAAAUAAACUUUAAAGUCAGGGAUUGAUCCUCAAGGAUGUAGGUCAAAUUCAUAAAUGCAGGUGAUAGUGGGAUCUGGGAGGAGUGGAGAACAAUGUUUUUUGAUGUGUGUGUGUAGAGGAAAAACUGUGCCCUAUUUUGAACUAAUAUCAGGUUUUUGGAAGAUUGUGAUUGUUUUCGUAUUUCACCUGCUAUGAGUGUUUGUAAGUAGAGCGUUCAGAUUCACUGCUGAUGCCAGGCUGUGCGUAGAGUUGAGAUUCACUGCUAUAUCUGUACCAGACCUGAGGGGAAAUCUAAGAAUGUUGAUUGGUAAGAGCCUGGCUAUGUUAAGUCAGAGUAAGUGUUACAGUUCAGUAGAGUCCUAUGACUGUUUUGAAGUGAGAAUGAAUUUGUGGGCUCUCUGUUAGGAGCUUUACUGUGUUAGCUUUACUUUAACGAAGAUAGGUUACUAGUCUACACUCUUGGAAUAUCCUCUUGAAUAUCCAACGUGGUGUUACUCCUGAACCAUCCAUCCAAUCUAGAUAUAUUCUAGAGUCACUUGCUCUUGAGGGUUCAUUUAAUCAAUCCAUUUAUGUCAUUUCCUUUCUACUCUUUACGAGAACACCUAUGCCCUGCAGCCACUUCACUUCUGUAACAAGCCUCUAACAGCUUUCAGAAGGCAUCGUCAAAUCAAAUUAUUUCAUGCAUAAUUUGGCCAUAAGGCUUUCUUCACGGUCUGCCUUCACUUUACUUCAAGGUGUGUGUAAUGUUCACUCGUCACAAGCUAUGAAGGUUACUCGCUUACACUAAGUGACACAGGGUGAACCUGUUAGACUGACCUUUAAGGCCGAGUAGAAUUUCAUUCACAACCUUUACACGUCUGCUGAGACCUUAGACUCAAUAACUUUCUAUGAAAUAUAUUCAUGAUUACCGCAGAACAGUGUUGUAAAAGAAAUAUGUCAAAUGCAGAGACCAGUUACAAAGGAGCUUGGUGUAUUUUUCACAGGAAGCCUCCCACGCACUAUACAAAGCUGACGUGUGCUUUAGUGUGUAGUUUUAUUUUAGCUCAGCUAUUUCAGUUCACAAUGCAAAUGUACAUUGUGUGCUUGGAAUGAAAUCUUGCACGAACAAAAAAAAAAAAACAUUUCACAUAAUAGCACUAGUAAUCCUUACGUUAAGUCUUGAUUUAUUUUUAUGUUGUUCACCUAUGAAGGUUGUGCCUUUAGAGAAGGAUACAUGUCUUUUGUUCUCUUGUGACAUGCUUUGUAUUCAGCUGUGGUAUCAGACUGACAUUUCAAUCAAAUCAAAUAUAAAAGUCUGCGUUUUUGAAA